CAGAUUCUGCGACGGGAGUUCCCGGCGUCAGGACAGGCGCAGCGCGGGGCCGGGGCCGGGGCCUGGGCUGGCCGCCGGCGGCAACGCUGGGAGCUCGACAUUGAGUGCAUGAGGUGCACGAUUUCGAGGGCGAUUGGCAACAGUCCAUCGGUUGUGGCGCAAGCGAGCGGGUCCGCGGGAGCUUUGGAGCCUCCAUCGAUCGGAUCACUCAUCGUUAUCAUUAGCGCCAAGGGCCGUAUCUCGUCAUUCGUUCAUGCUUGAGCAGCCGAGUCCGUAACGACGAGGCCACUUUCCUGCAGGGGCAAAAUUUGCGCUCACCCAGAAUCGGAGCAGUAGUAGUUUCCCAAGAUGGAGAGGACGACGGGCAGGCUCGCAGUGCUGGCGCUCUGUGCGGCAGUGGUUCUCUUCGGAAGUGUGGUUUUCGCCGAGGAUGUCGUCGUGCUUUCUCCCGACAACUUUGAUCUCGAGGUGGGGCAGAGCAAGGGGGCUUUGGUGGAGUUCUACGCUCCGUGGUGCGGUCACUGCAAGAAAUUGGCUCCCGAGUAUGAAAAGCUCGGAGCUACAUUCAAGAAAACAAAGAAUGUGAUGAUUGGCAAGGUAGAUUGUGAUCAACACAAGCCUUUGUGCUCUAAGUUCGGUGUCUCCGGAUUUCCAACCCUGAAGUGGUUUCCCGCAGGGUCCCAGGAACCUAAGGAUUACUCUGGCGGCCGCACCGUGGAUGCGCUUACCGAGUUUGUAAAUGCUGAAGCAGGUACCCGCGCCAAGUUGAGCACUCCUCCUUCAGAUGUGGUUGUUCUGACUCCUGCGAAUUUUGAUGCCGUUGUUUUGGACAAAUCCAAGGACGUACUGGUCGAAUUCUACGCCCCAUGGUGUGGUCACUGCAAGAGUCUUGCCCCAGUAUACGAAGAAGUUGCUACUGCUUUCAAGAAGGAAAGUAAUGUGGUUGUUGCCAAGUGUGAUGCUGAUGCCCAUAGGGAGCUCGGUGAGAGAUUCGGAGUACAUGGAUUUCCCACCAUCAAAUUCUUCCCUAAGAACCAGAAGGAAGGUGUGGAGUACGAUGCUGACCGAGAUUUGGAGGACUUCGUGAAGUACCUGAAUGAGCAAGCAGGCACUCACCGAACUCCAUCCGGUGGCCUCACAGAAAACGCUGGUAAAAUUGAAGAGUUGGAUGUGGUAGCGAAGGAACUUGUUUCUGCGCCCGCUGAAGAGAGGACUUCCCUUCUGAAGAAAGCUGAAGAAGCUGCUGUUAAGUUGGAGGGCAUUGCCGCGAGUCAUGCCAAGACCUAUCUCAAGUUUUUCAAGAGCAUCGUGGAGAAGGGUGACUCUUACGCUAAGAAAGAGGCUGAGCGCCUGGAUCGAAUCCUAUCAGGGGCCGUAAGCCCAAACAAGGUUGACGAAUUUACCAUCAAGAGAAAUAUCCUAACCUCCUUUGUCAAGGAGCAAUAACUUUUUGCGAGUUAGUUUAUAGCAGAAAAGAUAGAUGCCCAUGAAAACGGCGUUAUUGUUGUCAUGAAAGUGAAUGAGAUUACAUCUUUGGAUGCAAGGUACCAUUUUUUGUUGCAAAUAGCACCUUCCGGUUUUUACUGUGAUGCAUGUCUGACGAAUUACACUCAACAUUUUUGGCGAGUCUCAAUUUGCUAUCAGAAUGCCAUUUCCUAUACAUUCAUUGUAACCAGUUGGUGAAAGUGUCUUUCCUCUAAUUUAUUAUGGGCCAAAACCUUUACAUAAACCGAAUCAUGCACAUAUUUUGGACGAGUGGACUUCUUAUGUGAUUACACUAUGAUUGCUUAUUCAAGUGUUUUCAGUAUUUAGAGCGUAGUACAACUGGAAAAUGAAUUGCUUAAGCAGGAGAAGAGUAUGAUUAAUUUGUUGGAACCCUUGGAACAUGGCCGUCUUCCUCUCG